ACAGUCCAUUUUCAUCUUUCAAAUAUAUAUAUAUAUAUAUCUAGUGUCAGUUUUUAAAGUGUUAAAUAUUUGUCAAACAUGAAGUUUAUGAUUCUUAUCGCAUUUUUUGUGAGCGUGAUGCAAGUUGUGCUUAGUGAUAGAGAUGCAUAUACGUUAGAACAAUUAAGUAAUGUUAAUCCUGAUGGAAGCUACAGUUAUGUGUAUAAAACUAGCAAUGGAAUCAAUGCAGAAGAAAGUGGAAAAGGAGCUGAAUUCGCAAAAGGAAGCUUUAGUUAUACUUCCAAUGAUGGACAGCAAAUAGCACUUGAAUAUGAAGCAGAUGAGAAUGGAUAUAGACCAAGAGGGGAUCAUCUCCCAACACCCCCACCAAUUCCAGAUUAUAUUCAAAGAGCUUUAGAUUUCAUUAGAAAUAACCCACCAGAAAAUCUAUCCAAAUAAGCUCUUUCAUUCUAGAUAAUUCAUUCAUCUUCCUCUACAUCUUUUGUAAACAUGUUUUUUCUCGCUAUUUUUAGUUUUAUCAAAUAUCAAUAAAAUACAAAUUUUUUGUUAAUGUUAAUGAA